GAAGAUGGUAUUCUAAUGACUCAAUCAUAGGUCAAUCCUUCACUUCCAUAGAUUUUAAGUUAUCAUCACUGAAGAAUGAAGUAUACUACGGCUUUGACACCUGCAACGAGGAGUCACUUGUAGUGGAUUUUGUAGAUAACAGGAAUUUCAACAACUCAGGACCAAGGAACAGGGACCAUGACCAAUGCUAGUUGCAGGACACCAUCCUCAUCUCUGCUGAGGCAAUCUGGUUCUGCAGUAGGAGGGGACUUGAUUUAUUUUUCUUAAUAUAAAAAUCAAAGCGAGAAGGACAGAGAUAUAAAGAGAAAUAGGAGGGGUGAGGGUUACAGUUCUUGUUAAUCUUCUCAAAAAUGGUGACGUCGAGAACUCAAACUCUUCACCUAUAUCACUCUUUACUAAACCAAGUAAUGGCUGCUAUGGUUCAAAACAGACCCUUCAAUGCUCAACUUGCUGCUACCGUUGUUGCACCCACCCGCAGUCUAUGGUCUGUCGACUUGGUGUGUGAAGUCUUGAGAUCCAUACCCAGAUACUUCUUCCAGUCUGCUCGUUCCAUUGGCUGCCAAAAAGGUUUCCGACAUCGGGCACCUCUCAAGCAAAGAAACCUUCGAUGGGAAUCCAAUGGUUUUCAUGAUGGUUUGCUUGUUCUUGGACCAGCAGCUUACAGAGACCCUGAGAAGGUCAAUUUAGGACUGGACAAGUCGUUAGAGUUCUACUUUUGGGUGGAAAACCAUUUUGGUUUCACACAUAAUGAAGUUACCUGUAGAGAGAUGGCUUGUGUAUUGGCUAAGGGAAACAGAUUUAAAGUGCUGUGGGAAUUUCUCAAAGAAAUGUCCAGAAGGGCCAACAGGGAGCUUGUGACUACUGCUACUGUUACCUGUUUGAUUAAAGUCCUUGGAGAAGAUGGAUUAGCUAAUGAGGCCUUGGCUAUGUUUUACCGUAUGAAGCAGUUUCAUUGUAAGCCGGAUGUUUAUGCAUAUAAUACCCUUAUUUGUGCUCUUUGCAGAGUUGGGAAUUUUAAGAAAGCGAGGUCUUUAUUGGAGCAGAUGGAAUUGCCGGGUUUUCAAUGCCCACCUGAUACGUUUACGUAUACAAUUCUCAUUAGUUUUUAUUGCAAGCAUAGCUUGCAGACUGGAUGCCGAAAGGCCAUAAGGAGGAGGUUGUGGGAGGCCAACCACAUGUUUCGGGUUAUGCUCUUCAAGGGCUUUGUUCCGGAUGUUGUUACUUAUAACUGCUUGAUUGAUGGAUGUUGUAAAACGUACCGGCUUGGCAGGGCUUUGGAGUUGUUCGAUCAUAUGAUUCAGAAGGGUUUGCUUCCUAACCGGGUCACUUAUAAUUCUUUUAUCAGGUAUUAUAGUGCCAUUAAUGAGAUUGACAAAUCUAUUGAGAUAUUGCAUAAGAUGAAGUUGAUGAACCAUGGGACACCCACUACAAGUUCUUACACCCCAAUCAUCCAUGCAUUGUGUGAAGCAGGAAGGGCACUCGAGGCACAAAAUUUUCUUGUUGAAUUGGUUGAAGGAGGAUCAGUUCCUAGAGAAUAUACUUAUAAAUUAGUUUGUGAUGCCCUAAGCUCAGCAGGUGAGGCUGGCUUGCCAGAUGAACUUCGGAGAAGGAUUGAAGAUGGGAUCAGCCAUAGAUACAGGCAGGUGAUGAAGGUGAAACCAAUAAUCGCACAUCAGAUUUCUACCUUGUAGGGGAAAUCCAGUACUUCUGUGUGCUCUCUACACUCAAGAGCAGGUACUCAGAGUUCCGAUCCUUCUCUCUUCUUAGGUUGUAGCUUGAAGUCUUGACCCCUUCAUUUUGCUAGAACAUUUGGAUAGGGUAAGCAUAAUAUGGUACCUCAUGAUUUUUGUAAUGUGGUGGCUCCAUAGUAUGCAUAGCAUACAGUAAUAUUUUAUAUUUAUCCUUUCCUAAGUGAUUUGGCUAUUUUGAAACACAUAUCCUAAUGUAGCUUGCCCAAUCACGGGAAAUAGAAAGUACCUCCCGCUUCAAGAAAAAAAGAAGAAAGAAAGAAUUAAAAAAGAGACAUACAAGACCAACUUAGUUGGCAAUAUCUUAAAUUUGUGCCCAAAGCAACUGUGCAUCUCAAGAUAUACUUGACUUCACAUAUUUUUAGCCUUCCCUCAAAUUUUCAAAUUGUUGCUUUCAAAAGGGACAUCUAAAUCAUCUCUUCCAAUGACCUCAGACGAUGUUUCUUCUCGACCCUCUUGGAAGACAAUUUUGAAUUGAAAGCUCUCUUCGAAGCUUGAUUCUGAUGAUAAUUAAAGUUUUGGGGUUGCUACACCAUUAUUGAUAUCUUACAUGCAGUUAAAGGCCUAUUUUCCCCUUGA